AUGGAUCAAAAUUUUGUGCAAGGCUUGCACGCUCUCCUUGUCCAGACAACUUCAAAUGACACCGCAAGUCUCAAAGCUGCCACAGCACAAUUGAAUCAAGACUAUUACAAAAAUCCCUCAUGCAUUUCUGCACUCGCGAGUAUUCUUGCCAGUUCCCCAGAGGAACCUGUUCGCCAAUUGGCCGCGGUUGAGCUGCGAAAACGCGUCAACCAGAACAGUGGAAAUCUAUGGACACAACUCUCACAAAUUGAGCGCGAAGAGAUCAAAGCUAAACUUCCGGAGCUUAUUCUAUCCGAGCCAAAUAAACUUGUUCGGCAUUCAGCUGCUCGUGUCAUCGCUGCCAUCGCCAGCAUCGAGAUCCCCCUUGGAACUUGGGAUCAACUUCUUCCGUUCCUCCAACAAACAUGCACCUCUACACAGGCUGCUCACCGCGAAGUCGGAUCUUUUAUUAUGUUUACCGUUCUCGAAAAUAUCGUCGAGGGCUUCCAACAACACAUGCAAGGGUUGUUCAUCUUGUUUAGCCAGAUGCUGGCAGAUCCUGAGAGCAUCGAAGUUCGCAUCACCACCGUUCGGGCGUUGGGAGUGAUAGCACAAUAUAUUGACUCCGAUGACAAGGCCGAACUGAAAUCUUUCCAAGCCCUUCUUCCGGCUAUGAUCCAAGUUAUCGGGCAAACCGUAGAAGCUGGUAACGAGACAGGCGCAAGGCAGUUGUUUGAUGUCCUUGAAACUCUUCUCAUCCUCGAGGUUUCUGUUCUCGGCAAGCAUAUACCUGAGCUUGCCCAUUUCCUCCUCCAAUGUGGUGGCAAUCGUGGGUUUGACAGCGAACUUCGUGUUCUAGCUCUCAAUGCCCUCAACUGGACCGUCCAAUACAAAAAGUCCAAGAUUCAAAGUAACAAUCUUGCCCCUUCCAUCCUCGAGGGUCUUAUGCCCAUCACUACUGAGGACGAGCCAGAAGACGUUGACGACGAUGCUCCUUCCCGGUCGGCUCUCCGCAUCAUCGACGGUCUCGCCACAAAUCUUCCACCUUCCCAAGUCUUCCCUGCGUUGCGAACUCUUAUCAUGCAAUACUUUAACUCUCCAGAUCCAACUCACCGAAGGGGUGCAAUGCUUGCCCUUGGUGUUUGUGUGGAAGGCUGUAGUGAGUAUAUGACUCCUUUGAUGGGUCAAGUAUGGCCAGUCGUCGAAGCUGGGCUGCAGGACGGCGAUGCCACCGUCAGGAAAGCGACUUGCGUCGCCGUCAGCUGCCUUUGUGAGUGGCUUGAAGAAGAAUGCAUUUCGAAGCACACCGUCCUUGUGCCUAGCAUCAUGGCCCUCAUCAACGAUGGUGCUACCCAGAGGACGGCCUGUACCGCUUUGGAUGCUCUGCUUGAGAUCCUCCACGAUGGGAUUGAUCAGUAUCUGCAGCUUAUCAUGGAACGGCUUGCGUCUCUGCUCGAGACUGCACCGAUCUCUGUCAAGGCUGUUGUGACCGGUGCCAUUGGAAGCGCGGCACAUGCUUCCAAAGAGCGCUUCCUGCCCUACUUCCAACCAACAAUGAACCAUCUUGCGGGUUUUCUUAAUCUUACAGGUGAAGGAGAAGAAAUUGAACUUCGUGGGAUCACCAUGGAUGCGAUUGGUACCUUUGCUGAAGCUGUCGGCAAAGACGUCUUCCGGCCUUACUUCCCGGAUAUGAUGAAGCAUGCGUUCCAAGGAACUGAGAUGGCCAGCGCAAGACUUCGAGAGUGCAGUUUCCUGUUCUUUGGUGUCAUGGCACGGGUUUUUGGAGAAGAGUUUGCUCCAUAUUUACCUCAAGUGGUGCCUCCGUUGUUGAACAGCUGCAAACAACUAGAGCAAGGCGAGGAGGAUCUGACUGUCUCUAUUGCAGAAGCCUCCGCAGCGUUUGCCUCCGGGUCUUCCCCAGCCAGCGCUAUCACUAUUGGCAACGAGGAUGCAAACGGAAACAUUUCCAUCGAACUUGAAGAUACUGACGUUGACAAGUUGAUGGAGGUUAACAGCGCUCUAGCUGUCGAGAAAGAGAUUGCUGCCGAUACCAUUGGCACACUUUUUGCUGCAACCCAGAGCCAUUUCUUGCCCUUUGUGGAGCCCUGUGUACUCGAACUCGUCGCGCUCCUCCCUCAUUACUACGAAGGCAUAAGAAAGAGUGCCACAGACUCCUUAUUGGAGAUUGUUAGAACCUUCUACGACUUGAGCGAUCAUAAGGAAUGGGUUGCUGGUGCAAAUGCCCCCAACAAUGUGGACCAGCAAGUUAAGGAUCUUAUUGACCACGCCCUUGUUCCUCUGUUAGACAUGUAUGAGACUGAGGACAACAAGUCUGUAGUUUCAUCUUUGUGCAUUGGACUCGCCGAGACAAUCAACAAAGUUGGCCCUGUCGCCCUCGAAGGACGCCACGAGCCGCUCUGCAGGAUCGCCAUUCAAAUUCUAGAGCAGAAGGCGUUUUGCCAACAGGAUCCAGAUCAGGACGAAACUGAAGAAGCCCCAGAGGAUCAGGCUGAAUACGACUCAGUAUUGAUUUCGUCUGCUGGGGAUCUGGUUGCUUCGUUGGCGAACGCAUUGGGAGCCGAUUUUGCUCCCGCCUUCAACGGCUUCUUCCCCUUGAUCAGCAAAUAUUAUAAACAUACCCGCUCCCUUAGCGAUCGUUCAUCAUCCAUUGGUUGCCUUGCCGAGAUCAUAUCUGGAAUGAAGGCUGCGGUCACUCCUUCCACCCAGCCAUUAUUGGAGUUGUUCCAUCGUGCUCUAAGCGACGACGAACCCGAGGUUCUGAGCAACGCGGCUUUCGCUGUUGGCCUGUUGGUGGAGUACAGCGAAGUGGAUCUUUCGCAGCAGUACCUCCCCCUCCUUGCUGCUCUUCGGCCCCUGUUCGUAGUCAACGACCAAUCAUCAGCGGCGAAGCUGAAUGCGAAGGACAAUGCCGCCGGUGCCGUUGGUCGCUUGAUCGUCCGCAACACUGCCGCAAUUCCUCUUGACCAAGUCCUUCCCAUCUUCAUUGGCGCCCUUCCCCUAAAGAACGAUUACCUGGAAAACCGGGCGGUUUUCCGUGCUCUCUUCCACCUCUUUCGUACAAGUGGGCCCGCUCUUUACCAGUACAUGGACCUUCUACUUGCGGUAUUCGCGCACGUUCUAGAUCCCAGUGCACCAGAUCAGGUCGGGGACGAGAUCAGACACGAGCUUAUCAAUUUGAUUGUGGCUUUGAAUCAAGAAGACCCAGGAAAGGUUCAAGCGGCAGGUUUGUCGGUAUUCCUGCCGGGGGCUUAG